ACCAGUAUUAACCUUUACUAAUAUCAAAUGCCCAAAUAACUGAUAAUAGUUUACCAAGAAAAUGAAUCGUAUGAGCCAUCGUACAUAAUUAUUUCAUAUGGCCCAAUCCGCAAGCCGUAGAUUCAAAUCUCGGAUUGUCUCGUCCAGCGUGAAUCAUCGAGAUUAUGAAAUUCGUUUAAAAUUCGUGAACAAAAAGCGAUUCUUUUUAUCAAAUAUCUUGUUUAAGUCCGUAUUUGAAGCAUUUGUAAGUUGAACACUGACCAUGGCGCCAGGGAAUGUUCUGCCAUUCCAUGGCAAUGAGAAGACGAUGAAUAUGAACACAAUGAUCCUGACAAACAUACAGAGCUCUCCCUACUUCAAAGUAAAUUUGUUUGAACUGAAAACAUACCAUGAGGUAGUGGAUGAAAUCUAUUAUAAGGUGUCCCAUAUGGAACCAUGGGAGAAAGGAAGCAGAAAGACGUCUGGCCAAACAGGAAUGUGUGGAGGAGUUCGAGGCGUAGGAGCUGGAGGAAUAGUCUCAAGUGCAUACUGUUUACUCUACAAACUCUACACUCUGAAGCUGACAAGGAAGCAACUCACAGGGCUGAUUAACCAUUCAGAUUCCCCAUAUAUUAGAGGCAUUGGAUUCAUGUUCAUCAGAUACACUCAGCCCCCUGCAGAUUUAUGGUCCUGGUAUGAGGAAUAUCUUGAUGAUGAAGAGGAGAUUGAUGUUAAAGCAGGAGGAGGUCAUUCAAUGACGAUAGGGGAGAUGUUACGUCAGUGGUUGACCAAACUGGAAUGGUACUCUACUUUAUUCCCGAGACUUCCAGUUCCCGUACAGAAGAAUAUCAUGGCAGAACUUUCCCAGAGACCAAUGGAGAAUUGGGGAGAAGCGGAGCAAGAGUCCAACAAGAUGGAGGAGCACAUUCCAAGUCACCGGGACGACAAGGAGCCAUACUUUGGAGAGGCCGCACGUGUCUCACAACUCAGGAAUCCACGAUCUAGCAGGUCUCCAGAUCAAUGGAGCUCAAACAGUCGAGGCGGAAGUCGCAGUAAGGAUCGUAGAUCACCCGUUCGCCGACCAAAAUCUCGUUCACCAGGCUACAGACGGAGCAGUGAUAAGGAUCGUCAUAGUUACAGGGACAGACAUAGAUCUCGCUCAAGAGAUCGUCAAAGGCGGUCACAUGACCGUGACAGAAGGCGAUCCUCAAGUCGGGAUCGAGAUCGUAAACGUCGAUCCCGUUCACAUGAGAGAUCAAAAUCGCACAAACAUUCAAAGAGGUCAAGGUCACGAGACCGACACGAAAAGCACCGCCAUAGGAGUAGAUCUCGGGAAAGAUCCUCUAAGCACAGAGGAAACUCUUACGAAAGAGACUUGGAUAGGGAGAGACAAAGACACAAGCACAGCUCAAAUGGAGAUAGAUAUCAUUGAUGUUGUCUACUCAUACAGAUCAUCAGGUGUCGCUCUUGUUAUAUUUAGUCUACUUCACAGUGUUCUUCCCCAUGAUU